UUGACCAAGUGCGUUUUUGCUUUUUUUGUCCUCCAAUACCGCACACACCUCAGUAAUAUUUGUGAUUGGUAAAUCAAAAGCGGAUUGUGUAAUACCGCUUUGAAAAACGCAUUUACUCUGUUACCAUUCAUACACUAAAGUCUAUAGACUGUAGCUUAAAGAAACUAACUAAUGAAAAUGCUUGAUGCAGUUAAAAGAAACUUUUUGUCGUAUUAAUAAAAUUACAUGUUAGGGGUUAUAAUUGGCUGAUGCAAUAUUAAAGUCUUAAUUCGAGCUAGCGUGAUAAUUUUUUGUUCGAUAUUCUUUUUUUUUUAAACACAUUUUGAAAAUCCCAAUUGUACUAUGUUAAAGAAUAUGGGUUUUCGACUGUAUAUCGUACUUCGUUUAGUGAUUACAAAACAAUGGAGACAAAUUUUACCAAAAAAACACACAGUGGAGACAACGUAUUUAUGGAAAAAAAAGAAGAUCAAAAUAUAGAACGGCUGAUGUCUUCAUACAAGAGAGAGGUAACUCUUUUUGGAUAGGCCUCACGAAGAAAGUUAUAUUCAAGGGAAAUUGAGAUGUAUAUAUGUACUUGACAUAUCUAAACCAUUUAGGAGGGACUAUAUUUCCGUUACUAGAUUUGGAUUUAGGUUUUCUAUUAUACCGAUACAUUAUUUUCUAUUAUACCGAUACAUAACAACUAGACGAAGUAACAAAUUAAAUAACAUUUCUAACUUAAUAAUUUAUAACAAAUAUCUUUGCUAAAUGAUAAACCUGAUAUCAAUUAGCAAUAUCAUUGCUAAAUAGUUUUGAAUUAGAACUCAUGAUUUCAAACACAAGUAAACUAAGAAAAUAAUUAACAAGUAGACUAGCAUAUGCAGAAAGUGUUAAUUUCAUAAACCAUAAAAUCAUAUCUCAACUUUAUAAUUUAAUACAUGAUAUCUAACUGCCAGUUUGUCUAGUUUCCUUAACAUCAAGCUAAUAAGAAAUUUGAAACAUAACAAGAAAAUUUAUAUGUUGAAAAAAGAAAUAAUCGUUCAUUUCAUUGAUAGAAACUUGUUAUUAUAUUUAUCUCGAGUACAGGAAGAUUACUAAUAAAAACAAAUUAGGACCAGCAACAAAAUAAGAAUAAAUAUUAGAAAAGGCAUAUAGUGUUAAUGGGAGGGGACCACGAUGGCGGUUGCCGGGAACGCUGCAACGCUAAAUUGAACUUAACGAUCGGUGAGAACGGAAAAGCCGCUUUGUGGGGCCCACUAACCAUAUAGUAAUCAGACCCACACUCAAAUGGGUUCCAGCGUUCACACACACCACAAUAUCUGAAUUUUCUUUUUCCUUUUUAGCUAAGUUCAAAUGUUGUUAAAAAAAUAAAGUUUCUUGUUUUUUUUCCUACAAUAAUUUGUAACUAUAAAUACAGACCAUACCACACUUCAGCCUCUGUCUCUCUCAAGCCCACACACAUACAUUCUCACUCUGUUUUCACAAACUCAAAUCUCAUUUUCUUUCUCAUUCGCAAACAAUGGUAAGAUUCAUUGAAGAAAACACAAAACAUGUGGACAAAGAAACAGGAAAUAAAUCAAAUACGGAUGUAACGACGGCAACUAAGAAAGUUCUUCAAGAUCUUAUUAUCAACAAUGGAGGAGGACUAAUCAAUUCAUGGGUUGAUUCCAUGAGAGCUUGUUCUCCUACUCAUCUCAAAUCUUUGAUGAAACAAAGCUCUUGGCUCAAAGAACAUCCAUCUGCUUUAGAAAUGUUCGAAGAGAUUCUUCAUGCUUCUGAAGGAAAACAAAUCGUUAUGUUUCUGGAUUAUGAUGGCACUUUAUCUCCCAUUGUUGAUGAUCCAGAUCGAGCUUUCAUGUCUAAGCAGAUGAGAAGAACAGUGAGGAACCUAGCAAAUUGUUUUCCGACUGCUAUAGUUAGUGGGAGAUGCAGAGAAAAGGUUUAUAAUUUCGUGAAAUUGACCGAGUUGUAUUAUGCUGGAAGUCAUGGAAUGGACAUCAAAGGGCCAGAGCAAGGCUCCAAGUAUGAGGCAGAUAAAUCUCUUCUUUGCCAACCAGCUACAGAGUUCCUCCCCAUGAUCGACGAGGUGUAUCAAAGAUUAAUGGAGAAAACAAAAUCAACUCCCGGAGCCAACGUAGAGAACAACAAGUUUUGUGUCUCUGUCCACUUCCGACGCGUCGAUGAGAAAAACUGGAGUGAUUUGGCUAAUCAAGUUCGAUCAGUAAUGAAGGACUACCCUAAGCUCCGUCUUACCCAAGGAAGAAAAGUUUUGGAAAUUCGACCUAUCAUUAAAUGGGAUAAAGGCAAUGCCCUCGAAUUUUUAUUAGAGUCACUUGGGUACGCUAAUUGUACCAACGUUUUUCCCCUUUACAUCGGCGAUGAUCGCACAGACGAAGAUGCAUUUAAGAUACUGAGAGAAAGAAGACAGGGUCUUGGCAUUCUUGUUUCCAAAUCUCCAAAGGAAACUAACGCGUCUUACUCUUUGCAAGAGCCUGAUGAGGUUAUGGAUUUCCUGCAACGGUUAGUGAAAUGGAAACAACUGAGAUCUGGAGCAUGAUUAGAGCUAUAAAAAAAGAGAGAUAUCUUUUUAAUAACUUGUUAAUCCAGUUUUUUUCCUGCUCGUGGUGUACUCAAUGUAUCUUCACAAACAAAUUUGUACUGAAUGCAAAUGUAAAAUCUCUUUUAAAAAUGUAGAUCCAUUCUCAAAGAAAACAUUUUAUAUAAUAAUCGAUCAUAUAUGGAAAUUAUAUACAAUU